CCUUAAUUGCGUCUAGCGGCCAAAGAGCUUUGAAUUUCUGAUACGAUUCUGAUUGGAGCUCGCACGCCGCACAGUUUCGCACACACACGUACGCACACACACACAGACGAGCACACACGUUUUUAUUAGGUAUUUUAUAUACAGACAUAUCGCGUUUAUUAAUAAGUUUAUGCAAGUUCUUGGGAUCACAACAAACGCCGUUAGAUAAUCGCCACGCCCACUUGCGCCCAUCAAGAAAUAAUGAGUCGAAUGCUAAUUAAACCUGCUGCCGCCACAGUUUCGGCCGCUUUGCAGCAGCAGCAGCGCCAGCAGCAACAGUACGUUAUUCGCCGCUGGAAGUCGUUCCUGCACAACAACAGCAACAAUGCCAAUCGACGUGCGGCGAAAUCAACGGCAACGGCAACAGCGACGGCGGCAGCGACGACGCAGCGCCAUGGAACAAGCGGCGAUUUCAUUCAACCGUUAGACGUCCGCCGUUCCUUUUCAACCAGCCACAAAAUGCCGUCGUCGUCGAAAGCGCUCACACUGGAUAACAUAAAUCCCAACUUUAUUGCCAUGGAAUAUGCGGUUCGCGGUCCUCUGGUGAUUCGUGCCGGGGAAAUCGAGAAGGAACUGGAAAAGGGUGUCAAGAAGCCAUUCGACCAGGUGAUCCGUGCCAACAUCGGAGAUUGCCAUGCGAUGGGCCAGCAGCCCUUGACCUUCCUGCGACAGCUGAUGGCGCUGACCUUCGAAACACGUCUGCUGGAUUCGCCCGAGUAUCCCGAGGACGUCAAGAAGCGCGCCUGUGCCAUUUUGAACGGCUGCCAGGGUCAAUCGGUGGGCUCGUACACCGACUCCGCCGGUCUGGAGGUGGUGCGUCGCCAGGUUGCCCAGUACAUCGAGAAAAGGGAUGGCGGCAUCGCCUCCGAUUGGCAGGACAUCUACCUAACCGCCGGCGCCUCUCCCGGCAUCAAGAGCAUUCUCUCCAUGAUCAACUCCGAGGUGGGAUGCAAGCCGCCAGGUGUCAUGGUGCCCAUUCCGCAGUACCCACUGUACUCGGCCACCAUCUCCGAAUACGGCAUGACCAAGGUGGACUACUACCUGGAGGAGGAGACCGGCUGGAGCCUGGGCAGGAAGGAGCUGCAACGCUCGUACGAUGAGGCCAAGAAGGUCUGCAAUCCGCGUGCCCUGGUCGUGAUCAAUCCGGGCAAUCCCACCGGUCAGGUGCUGACCCGCGAGAACAUCGAGGAGAUCAUCAAGUUCGCACACGAGAACAAGGUGCUGGUGCUGGCCGAUGAGGUGUACCAGGACAAUGUCUACGACAAGAACUCUAAGUUCUGGUCGUUCAAGAAGGUGGCCUACGAAAUGGGCGAGCCCUAUCGCAAUCUGGAAAUGGUCAGUUUCCUGUCCACCUCGAAGGGCUAUCUGGGCGAGUGCGGCAUUCGCGGCGGCUACAUGGAGGUCCUCAAUCUCGAUCCCAAGGUCAAGGCCAUGCUGACCAAGUCGAUAACGGCGGCGCUCUGCAGCACCACCGCUGGCCAGGUGGCCGUGAGUGCCCUGGUCAAUCCACCGCAGCCCGGAGAGCCCUCCUACGAUCUGUACAAGAAGGAGCGCGAUGGCAUCCUGGCCGCUCUGAAGGAACGGGCCGAGCUCGUCCACAAGGCACUGAACAGCUUCGAGGGCUACAAGGUGAAUCCCGUGCAGGGCGCCAUGUACGUCUUCCCACAGAUCGAGAUCCCGCCCAAGGCGAUCGAGGCGGCCAAGGCCAAGGGCAUGGCCCCCGAUGUCUUCUACGCAUUUGAGCUGCUCGAGACGAGCGGCAUUUGCAUUGUUCCUGGCAGUGGAUUUGGUCAGAAGCCCGGCACGUGGCAUUUCCGCAGCACGAUCCUCCCGCAAACGGACAAGCUGAAACUGAUGAUGGAGAAGUUCCGCGUGUUCCACGCCGAGUUCAUGAAGAAGUACAAGUAGAUCAGCUGCCCACUUCCUCGUCCUCUCGAUCCCUGUGUUAAGUGUCAAUCCUCCGGCUUAGGAUUAAAAAUUUAAAUUACCUUAAUUGUUUUUUUUUCCUCUUUGUUACUGUGUCAUAGCUGAAUGCUUCUACGCUCUUCUUUAUAUGCAUAUAUACAUAUAUAUAUGAAAUAUAUAAAAACAUUUUUAAAGCCCUAUGAUUUGUAAACCCAACCCGCGCAGGUUUCAUCGCCGCGAUCACGUUUCCAGUUAGCAAUUAACCCACUAAACCAUGUAGUCUUUGAUUCUUUAUUGAACGAAAACUCCUGGCGGAGAUUUGACAAUAAUUUUUGUUAGAACCAAAAGUAGUUUACCAACUUUUAGUCGGCGCAUAAUUGAAAAUUCUGAUAUUGUUCUAAACGAGAGUUAUUUGCAUUGUGUAUAUUUAUCUACAUAUAAAUAUAUAUAAUAAAUAUAUAUAGCCCUGCAUGUGCUUAUAUCCCGAAUCGAUCACGAAAACCAUAUGAUGUGUGUGUGCGUUCAAGUCAUUACUAAUUGUUAUAGAAAAGAAGAAACUUUGAAAAUAAAUAAUUAUUAUUGUUAAACAAG